CUUUGGCCUUUCUCGCUCGAUUCCUCAUCCUCGGUCCUUUUUAAUCGCAACGUGCUCGUCGAUAGUUUGAUUCCCGCAACCGAUUCCCACCAGAAGAGAGUGUUUCGCGAACGCUUGCUCCGUAAAAACAGCUCCAUCGUUUGCACGAAUCUUGAUCGAAAGCAUCCAGGACACGUACAGUGUGUUGCUCCGAGUUGCGAAAGCAUCCGGGAUAGAACGCGAUUGACAGUGCAUGCCAGUGAAACGUGCCCCGACCAUUCUGUACGUUGAAAGGUUUACCGAAAUUUUUGGCACUGUUCGUCGACAAGGUCGAACAUGAUAAGUCGCAUCGCGUGUCAAGGACAUAGGAAAUCUAUGUCGCGUUUGCCAGUCGUUGUUGGUGCCGAUGUACAAGUGCGAAUUCGAGCAAUGUAAAUAGUUUGCGUUGUACCUCGUUGUGUACCUUGUAAUUGUGUCGUGCCGUGCCGUGUCGUGCCGUGUCGUGUCGUGCCGUGCCGUGCCGUGCCGUGUCGUGUCGAGUUGCUUGCUGGUAAUUCCUUUCUGUAAAUAGACUGAAACCAGUCGGUGAGAAUGUAAAGCUCUUCUAUAAGUCAUAGCGAGCGUUGGCAUGCUGUAGUUCCGCGAAUUUGACUUUGAUCGAGGCAUCUAUGCGCACCGAGGUCCGCCGAAGCUGAGCUCAGGAUUGGAUGUAGAAAAAACUCGUGCCACAAAAGAUACACGAUCGACGAAUUACCGAUUUUCGCGACAUCGAAAGCGUGUUCCAACGGCGGCGGCGGAGGAGGCUAUUCUCCGUUCGGCGCUGUCACCGCCAAACAUGCCAGAACAUCGAAUCGAUUGUUCCGAACAAGCCUGCUCGAAACUUUAGAGGACCGGAGACGAACGAAAAAAUCUGAACAAGAUGUCAAUGACUGGAAGCUUGAUGGGUUACGAAAACAACAACGAGGUAAACCAAGCGAAAUAUAAGAAGCCACUGAAGCCACUUCCGAUAGUGUCGAGCGUGAACUCGAGCGGCGUAUCCACGACCAGCAAAACGAGAAAGCCGGGAUCGCGUAGAUCGUCGAAACGGAACUCGUGUAUACGGGGCCACGUGAACAGCCUGUGGUCCGUUUGGUACGGCAUCUUGGCGGUUGCUUUCCAAACUUACAUCGGUUUGAGAUACACCAAACGGUUUGCAGCAUAUUUAUCGUUACCUUGGCCCGCGGAUGCGCCGCCGCCAAAGGUCGAAUUGUACGCCUGUUUGGUGCUAGCCGGUACCGGAGUGGUUCUACUCCCGGUUCUCCUUGGCGCGGCGUUUCUCAAGCUCGGCAACCUGGCCAACGAUGGAAUAAAGCUCGGUCGUCAUUUGAGCGCGUGCUCCCGCGAUCCACCGUCCUCGCUGCUCACCAACAAUCCCGACAACAGCCUAGCGAACAAUUUAUGGCGACACGGAGGUCCUACGGCGGCAUUCGUACACCUUUGCACGGCCAUGUGCUUCCUGCUGCCCUCGCUGCUCAUGGAGGCCAGGCUUAUACACGCUGGAUUUUUACCAAAAGAAGCGAUAUGGCGCACGGACCUGGAUUGGGUAAUGAUUCAACGCGAUCGACUGGUUGUGUCUAGCUUCUUGAAUCCGAACGUGAACCUUAGCGUUCUGACCGGUAUCAUAACUCCUCAACCUUUCGUUACUUUAACGCCCGACGAGGAAAGCGGCGAAGCUGUCAACGAUAUCAUCGCGACUACCACGCCAGAAUUGUCCGGUAUCGUCGAUGACGUCGUCGAGUCGCGCACCCGAGAUACCGUCAACAAGUUUGUCAACCAGUUUCGUUUUACGAGUACCGGCCUACCUCCAUCCAUCGCGCGAAUUUUGAACUCAAACGCAGCUUCGAUCGCGACCACCAGCAAGGCUACAACCUCCGCGAUGCAAGGCACCCGUAAAACAUCGGCGAAAACCAUUGCAACGACAACGAUCAAAUCUACGACUACGACCCCGACCCCGACCCCGACCGCGGGAUCAACGACGACGACGACGGCGACGACGACGACGACACCGACGGUGGUAACGAUCACAGAAUCGACCGCACCAACCGCUUUUACGUCGACGAUCGCACCGACGACUACGUCGACCAGAAUUAUCAAGGGUACCACGAGCAAAUACGGCAUCACCUCCAAGCGGACGACCUCGAAAACGAUCGUCAGAAAUAAUUCCAAGAGCAGAUCGAAGACGAAAAGUCUGGGAAGAACUUCGACGACGAUCAGACCGGCUAGAAUCGCUACCGGAGGAAAUCUAACGGCGCAGAGUAUGUCGUUGACGAUGAACAGUCUGGCCGAUUUGGAUCAUCCGGAACAGCUGGAUCUCGAAUUCGAAACCGCCGGACCCAUUACUCUGGAAUACUUGAAUUACGCUGUUGCUCUUGGAGUCUACUCCGUGAGGUAUCCUGCAGUGUUCUGGUCGUGCAACAAAGCUCUCGGCACGAUCUUUAGCGUCCAGUUGGUUCUGAACGUUGCACAAAGCUUGUUAGCUUUCGUUGGAAUGUCCGUUCUCUACAAGAUUCAGGUGGUAGGUCCCUUGAAAGUAUUGCCUGUUCUUCGGCAACAGUAUCGAGCGGUAUCCAGUACCAGCACCAUAUCGACCAUUUUCGGAGAUUCGUAUUUCUUAUUGAAUCCACACGUGACUCUCGUUUUGUUUGCUCUCUCCUCUCUUCUGGUGCUUUGCUCCAGCAUGGUGAUGUACUUUUACGCUUACGGCAGAUUCACGGCGUUCCUGAACCAGGAACGCGAGCGUCGGGUGAUCUUGUCGAAAGAGAAUCGCGAGGGGAACGGUUGGGUAUACUUUAUCCAUUGCACCGCCCUGUGCGUCUUUUUGGCGAUCGCGAUCUGCAGCGCACCGUUGCUCUACGACUACAGCGUGGUGUAUCGGGCCAGCUUGGACGGCGCGAUCUUGGCCUGCAUCGUCGCCACCGUUCUUCAUCUUUUUCUUUGGCUGCUGCUAUGGAUCUGCCUCACGAUAAAGCAACGCUGGACGUUCAAACUGAGAGUGACGAUCGGUCGUGCGACGGUCAGGUCGGCGAGAUCGGUAAAGCUCGUGACCGACGUUGAUCUAGUGUCGGCCAGGGACGACGAGGACGGCAUCAGUGCUCCGCUAUUGGUCGUCGGGAACGGUAGAACUUACACCAUCUCCGACGCCUCGCCGAAAAAGGCCAUCAUGAGCGUGAUACAAAAGGCGGCCAUCGAAAGGAAAGCACGCUCCCAAGGAAACGCAGAUGCCGCGGAUGGCGAAUCGACGGCCGACGACGAACAGAUCUACUGGUUGAGGCCGAAAUUACGGCCGUCGCCUACUCAGUCGACGAGCGACGCCAAUGGCGCACCGACGACCGAUAAGAGCUGGCUGAACAAGAAACUGAAGCCCAAGGUCACCUUUAACGACCUGCCUAGUACGUCAGGCUCGCGUAAUAAGGGAAAAGCCAGACGAGGCGGUGGCGGUCCCGGUGCCGGUGACCAGGGCGGGCCUGAGGAUGACGGAGAUUACGCCACGCUACGGGAAUUACCGUUGAUAACGUCUCUGGAUCCCGCCGACGAUUCAACGUCCGAGGAGAACAAGUGGGGAAGAUGGCUGAUAUCCCGUAGGGACGGUAUACCUAAAUUUGGAGACACGAUCGGAGGACAAACGCCGCGCUGCUUGCGCCGUGCGGACUCGGGUAUGCCCCACGACGAGCUGACGCCCCGCUCGGAUUCCUCCAAUUCGCCGCCUUUGGAGGCAGUGGGUGGAAGCAGCGGAGCCGGUUCGGUGACGGGUCACAGCAACACCAGCAGCCAUAGCGAGACCUCCUCGAGCGGUGUGCACAGUAACGCGAGCAACGCGAGCAACGGUAGCUGCCAGCGUCGCGCGACCAGCGUGGACGAUUUGACCGGGGAACCGCGGCCCGGCGAAGAACCGCGCGAACAGUGGCGCAGUUGUUCUCUUCAACGUGGCAUGCAACCACCGACGGCAACUUCCGGUACUUUCUCGCCGCCGACCAGUCGUCCUAGCACCAGCCAAUCCUUCUCCUCGCCGCAGUACGUGAACCACGUACCGCUGAUCGUGAACGCGAACGGUACCGGUAACGCGAACGUCGACGCGAUCGUCGGUUCGAGCUCCGGGUCCGGGUCUGGCUCUGGCUCCGGUCCCGGCUGUCCAGCCGUUAUCCUGGAAAACCCAAACGAAGCGACCGUCGUGAUACGUCGCAAGCUCUCGAGAACCAAGCUGACGGAACCGUUGAAUCCCAACGAGGAGCCGUUCGGUCGUUCCACCAACAUGAGGAUGACGUCCUUCACGGAAAGCAACGACAUUCGCGUUCACGCCUCGUCCGCCACCCUGCCCCACUAUCCCACACAACCCGCCGUUACCUAUCCACAUUGCUCGACCAUGCCGUUGCCCCAUGCCUCCCACAGCAUGGCUGGCAACCACAUGAGCGGAUCGACGGGAAGCUGUGGCUCCGUGCCCAGGCACACUUUCGUCGCGCAUCCGCCCCACGGACACGCGACGGUUCCCGCCCACACCACUCUGCCAUCCCAUCACAACGGCGUCAGGCUUCUGCACCCAGUACCCCCGAACAAUCCCUUCGUGAAGAGGUUCCCACCGGUGCAGCUGCACACGCAGCCCUGGGCUCUUCCGGGCCAUCAUACUUUCCCCCAACAGCCCCAAACUAACGGGAAACUCUCGGUGGCCGCUCAGAUCAGACAAACCGAUCGCGACUCGGCCAACUUUUCCAUGGCCAGCAGCGGCGACUCCGACACGUGUUUACCCCAUUAAGCGUCUCGCCCCAUGCCUUCGUUUCGCGCGGAACAAACUCCUUCGAAAGAUCGGGCACUUCCUACCAGAGAAAGAAAAGAUUUACGCUCCCAACGAUUAUUUCGUAUUUUCGAUCGUUUGAGUGUAACAAGCGACGCUACAUAUCAUACUUUUCUGAUCCCCAUCCAAGAGAAGAACCUCCCACCGACGCGUAUAAAUUCUAUUUUUAAUACAAACAUCGUCCAUCGAGACGACACUUUUUCCAACUUCCAUAUCAACGGUACCUCGAUGCUUCCGUGAAAGUAAAAACAUUUUUCCAUCGACCGUCUUCGUGCAUACACAGACGUACACGUUUCGAAAUUAAACAUAUCUCGCGGUCCGAUGCUCGUACUGCUAAUCGUGAUCGAUUUUUCGGGGCGAAAUCUUUUCUCUCUCCCCAAAGACUUUACUCUCCGAUUAGGAACGGUGAAAGAUAACUCUCCUGUCCCUGUUUCGCACGUAAACAGGCUGCAUUUAUUUUAACACGUAUACUGUACCGAUCGCGAAUCGAUGUAUCGACGAUCAGAUCUUUCCGAGUCGAGAGCGAACCGCGCGAAACGAACAUGUUGUUCGCGGCGAUGGCAGGCAAAAAAGAUACGCUCGCGACCGAAUUUAAAGAACGAAGCGAGUAUAGCGAGACGUUGUAGUAGCUACUUGACUUGAUUUCUCGCGGCUUACUAAUAGGAAUUACUCGGAUCGGUGGUUCCUACGUAACAAUCGAGAACGGCACACGACCGGUGGUGUACCGUUUCUUUCUUUGCGAAUACCCCUCAUUAUACUCGGGUAUUCUGCCUAUAUAAUUAACGAUCGGGUAAGACGCAUCUCGCACGUGCUGUCACGUAUAAUAUUUUCAAUUCUCUUUCUCUCCAUCUUAAUAUUUUCUAUCUCGAGUCUCGAUCUCGAUCAACUACUGUGUCUUUCAUUUUCUUUUUUUUUUUUUCUCUUUCUUUACAUUACUUCUUCGUCUAUUUAUACAUUUAUUUUUCUUUUCUUUCCCGUUUUGUUUUGUAAAUAAAAUUGUUGCUAAAAAUUUCGUAAGUUAUGUUUCCGUCUUCCGAUUAUCCAUACGUUAAGUAGAUAAUACAAGAUUACCGAAAGAAUACGUUGACUCUUGAAGCUAUCGUGUCGAUCUUUACAGUUUGAAUCGAAACGAACGUGCGUCGAGCAAAUAAAGAGAAUAUUUAUACCGGUUGGAUGUAUCGAGAUCGAUCGAAACCAGCGACCGAUCUAUAAACGUUGAAACGGCUCGAUAUAACGAACGUUGGAUGAGGUCAGCACGUGGCGGGCCAUUUAGGGAAGGUUAAGGGAACGAUUACUGCCACUAAUUGCGAGGAUCUAUGGAUCUCUGUUAUACACAUAUAUUUACUUGUUUCAUCGACUGCCAUGUUAUUUCGUCCUUUCGCGAAUUUAAACGUUCAAGAAGCGUUCGUUGCACUCGCGAUCAUUCGCGGGUAUCGAUGCGUUUAAACGCUUCCUACACUAGUUGAAAUAUACAUUUGCUUUCCUUUCGCGACUAUAUAACUCUCGUCGAAGACGCGCGAGACGGCAGAUACCUCUGACCUCGCGAGCAUGCGUCGCGACCAGGCUCGAUCAGAGAACGAGAAGAUCGUUUCGAUUUCAUUUUAAAACGCCACAUCCGUUUGGAGAGUUUAGCGUCUACGUUAACAAGAAUUACUUAAUAUUUUUAACGCCGAGAGUAUACGGUUAAAUGAUCAUUAUCGCGAAACGAAUUGAUUACGGAGACACGCGUGUUUAUCGAAUCUCUGUAAGCGAGCGGCGGGCCUAGCUGGUGGGCCCAGUUUGCGAUAGAGCCUGAUCGCGACAUACAUACAUUUUCUAUAGAACGCGUUUACAUUACGCGCCUCGUGACUGCGACCUCCGCGCAGUCUGUUCGCGGUGUUAACGACAAGUGGCGAUCGUCGAGUCUGUUCCACCCUGGAAGCGAUAAGCGAUUCUCGUGAUAAUCGAACGGAGAAAAGGACCGAGCCGUCGCGACGGUAAUAAACACCGAUGGCCAGCAAGAAGCCCGUUUAAACCGAUCUAAAGCAUCUAGUACGCGCAGAAAUAAUCGUAACCGCGAAACGAUUAAAACGUCUUUGCUCGUUACCGAUACCCCCAAACUUCAGAACACGCACUUGUCUACUUUACACUUUGAAAACAAAGAAACAACGUUUCUUCCUGAUAGAACGGUGAUAAUAAGAAAAAUUGUUCGACGCGUACACUACGAUGUUAUUGAUAAACAUUUGAACGCGACGCGUCGAUAAAUCGCUGACAUUUUUCAAGCAAGAUGAUAGUAUUUUUAUGAACGAUCUUUACAAACGACUAAAUGCACUGAGUAGCAGAAUUAACACGGCACA